ACGUCACGGGGCGGGCGCCAAAAUGGCGGCGGCGGCGGGAGCUUGGCUGAGGGGCUGCGCGAAGCUGAGAAGACACAUGCCAGCAAACUUGGCUCCUUGGAGGAUUGCUCCCCGUGUUUUUAGAUCCUCCAAAUCAGAACUCAAGCCAAAUCUAGCCAGUGAUGGACUUGUCUGUGCUCCACUUCAAACAUUCACUGAAGAGGAGGCCAUGCUGAAAGACAUGGUGACCAAAUUUGCCCAGGAGCGAGUUGCGCCUUUCGUGCAAAAAAUGGACGAGAAUGCAAAAAUGGAGGAUUCCAUCGUACAGGGAUUGUUUGAACAGGGGCUGAUGAGUAUUGAGCUUGGGGAAGAAUAUGGAGGAACUGGAGCCUCAUUUUUUUCAAUCAUAUUGGCAGUGGAAGAAUUGGCCAAAGUUGAUCCAGCUGUGGCUCUUGUGUGUGAACUCCAAAACACUCUAACAAAUAAAUUGUUUACCACCUAUGGAACAGAAGAACAAAAGAGAACUUAUCUGCCCAGGGUGUCUAAAGACACAUUAGGGAGUUUCUGUCUUUCAGAGGCUGGGUCUGGCAGUGAUGCUUUUUCCUUGAAGACCCGAGCUGAAAAGAAAGGAGACUACUACAUCAUCAAUGGCUCAAAGAUGUGGAUAAGCUUAGCAGAAGAUGCAGGAGUUUUCUUUGUCAUGGCAAAUACAGACCCAUCCUUAGGAUACAGAGGAAUUACAUGCUUCAUUGUGGAUCGUGACACAGAGGGUCUGCACGUGGGGAAGAAGGAGGACAAGCUGGGAAUCAGAGCAUCUUCCACCUGCCCAGUCACGUUUGACAACGUGAAGGUUCCUGAGAGCAAUAUCCUGGGACAAGUUGGACAAGGCUAUAAGUAUGCCAUUGGAAUGCUCAAUACUGGCAGGAUAGGGAUUGCUGCACAGAUGCUGGGACUGGCCCAGGGCUGCUUUGACCGUACAGUUCCCUACACAAAGGAGAGAGUCCAGUUUGGGAAAAGCAUCUUUGAUUUCCAGGGGAUGCAGCACCAGAUUGCCCAGGUGGCCACGCAGCUGGAGGCAGCCAGGCUGCUGACCUACAACGCGGCGCGGCUGGCGGAGGCGGGCAGGCCGGCCAUCAAGGAGGCCAGCAUGGCCAAGUACUUCACUGCUGAGGUUGCAACACUGACAACCAGUAAAUGCAUUGAAUGGAUGGGUGGUGUUGGAUUCACCAAGAAUUACCCAAUAGAAAAGUACUACAGGGACUGCAAGAUUGGUACAAUAUAUGAAGGAACUUCAAAUAUCCAGCUGAGCACAAUUGCAAAAUUCAUAGCACAGGAGUACUGAAACCAUAAGGACUUUCUUGAUAGUAUAUGAAAAUUAUUUCCCUGAGCACAAAUUGUGAAUUACCUGUUUAUUUGUAAUUACAGAAGGCAUUGGUGACACCAUAAAUAAGAAUACAUUAUCACAGUGAAAUCAUAGAGAAAACCACAAAUUCCCCAUUUCAGGAGAGUGAGUAAUUCAUGUGCAAUCAUGAAUUCCAUAUUCAAAUCCAAACUUCUUUCUGCCUGAGAAACUCCCAGGUGCUGAAUUUAGCUCCCUUAGGCCAUGCCAGCAGUUCAUCUCCACUUGGAGAUUUCAAAGUGAAAACAAAGGAAUCCAAAUCCCUGGCAUUUCUGUGAAUCCACCUGGGAGAAGGGACUCUCCACGUGCAGCAGAGCUGGUGUCUGGAGUGGAACUGCAGUUGGGAUGUGCUGCCUGCAUUAGCAUGGGGUGCAAGGAGAGAGAAGUGGUGGUUUCCUCUCUCCCAGGUGGAAUGAUAUCUGUGGAGCUGCUGUAAUUGGAGUCAUUUUUACAGCAGCCCUCAGUGUGUUCUUAAGGAUAUCUUUGUAAUUAAGCCCUUGCAGCCCCAAUUUGUACUCCUGAAAGGUGGAUAAUAUCCACCUCCCUUUCCAGCCUUCUCAGCUGUUAAGGGUUUUAAUCUAAGAGCCUAUUUAUAGUUCUCCUUUCAUAAAAGGUUGAGUUGAAAUCUUUCUGAAAUGGGGUUAAAAAAGCCCUAGUAGUUCUGCAAAAGGACAGAUACAAGCUGGGUAAUGGGAGUGCUGUGAUACUACCUCAGAGUGGCCUUUCCACAUUCAAUGCAUUUUACAAACUUUAAAGGGAGCCACUGUUAAUUUACAGCCUAGAAUUCCUUGCUCCUGGAAGUUAGUGGUUCUCUAGCACAGUUUUUCCCUUUUUUAAAAGACAAAAAAGGGCAGGGGGUUGGGAAGUAUUUGCUUUAUUUAUUUGUCUCUGUUUACUCUAAAAUUAGACAUUUUAUUUACAGCAGAAACCUCUUCAGAGCUGGAGAGCUAAUUAACUAAUAAUCAAGAGACAGGAAGCUUAAUAUAUGAAAAAUCAUCCUAAUUGCUGUAAUUGGCAAUCUGUUUCAAGUGUUUUGGGGAGGGAAGGAUUUGUUUUCUGGUUUUGGCUGACUUAGAAGAAUCUCAUUUUUAAAGCUUGCCUUUCACUGAUGAUUCACUCUGAGUGGAGCUUAGAACGUUUUAGGCUGAGACUCCCAGAGGAUUUCCUAGCAAAACCAGGGCAAGUGACACUUAACAAGUGGGAUUUGUAAAACAAGCAGUGCCUUAGACAAAGAAACAAGCAAGGAUGAAAAGCACUAUUAAAAAGUUCUCUGACUUCAAAGGGAAGUAACUGCUUUAGUGAAUUAAUCCCUCUAUAUACAUGCUUUGCCUGUUAAUGGGCAAAGAAUUAUUGUGGUGAUUAUCCUUAUAUCAAUAAAAAAGCCUCUCCCAUAUCAGUUUGAUCAAGAGCUUUGAGGUUUUCAAAAAUCCAAGAGUAGGAAGGUAGACUAGAUGGUUUCUGAAGUUUUCUUCUAGAAAUAUUAUUAUUAAUCAUUAUCAUUAUUAAUACAUUUCAGAUUUGCUUGCAGGCUUUCUUUCAGUUGGAUUGAAGAGCUGGAGAAAUUUAGAAUUAAGACUACAGACACCACAAUAUUUAACUACAGUUAUUCUGCUCAACACAAUCUAUCUGUGAAUCUAAA